UCACGACACUGUGAUGGCAGAUUUGCAAGUCACGCUGGCUGGUUGGCCUGCAAGGGUCUGUGCCGUGUGGCAGCUCGCCGGGCAGCGUCUUCUGGUGGCGUCCAAAGGGGUAUAAAGACGAGGCGAGAGGGCCGCCCAAGCGUCGAUUCCUCAUCAUCCUCUCCGAUCCCCUCCCCUCUCCUCUCCCACUCGAGCUAGCCAUGAAGCUCAGCACCCCUUUCGCCACCCUCGCCACCCUCGCGCUCGCCGGCUCUGCCGCGGCGUUCCCUGCCUUCGUCGGCAAGGGCGAGGCCGGCAUCGCCGAGCUGCUUGCUCGCGCCGAGUCGGCCGACCCCGAGUUCUACGCUCGCGCCAAGGCGGCCGACGAGGCGGCCUUCCAGGCCUUCCGCGAGCGCUCUGCCGAGAUCCGCAAGGGCGGCGAGGUGUACAAGAAGCGCGCCGACGGCAAGCGCUCCAUCACGGCGCUCAUCGAUCCGGCCUCGUUCAAGUUCAACGACGCCGAGCAGACGGUCGACUUGACGUCCGACGAGCACAAGUUCAUCGCCCCGGGCCCGAACGACAUCCGCGGCCCCUGCCCGGGCCUCAACCUGCUGGCCAACCACGGAUACCUGGACCGCAGCGGCGUCACGACUCUCACACAGGGAAUCGACGCAAUCGUCAAGGUUUUCGGCGUGGGCCUGGACCUGGCGGCUGCCCUCAACGCCUACGCCGUGCUCUUCAACGGCAACCUGCUCGACCUGACGUGGUCGAUCGGCGGCCCGUACGGCUCCAAGGGCCUCGGCGGCGUGACGAACCUGCUAUUCGGCCAGCCGCAGGGCAUUAACGCCCACAACAUCUACGAGGGAGACGCUUCCAUCGUGCGCCAGGACUACUAUGAGCCGGGCGCGAACAACGACAAUGUGCUGCUGAAGCUCGACCUCUUCAAGGAGCUCCUGGCCGACGGCGGCAACAACUCCGCUGACGGCGUGGACGUCUUCACCCCGGAAGUCAUGCUCAAGCACAAGUCGCGCCGCUGGCAUCAGAGCGUGGAGCGCAACCCGCUCUUCUUCAACUCGGCCUUCGGCGGCCUCGUGGUCACCACGGCGGCCGAGCGCUUCGUCGCGGAGUUUGCGGCGAAUAACACGGCUGAUCCGGAGACUGGAGCAAACCGUAUCUAUCUCGACGAGAAGAACCUCUUCGCCUUCUUCUCCGUCGAGCGCAAGGCCGACGGCGAGCUCGUGUACACGCCCGGCCACGAGCGCCUCCUGCCCAGCUGGAAGCGCCGCCCGCUGGGCAGCCCCUUCUCGCUCGUUGACAUCGUCAUUACGCUGCUCAACGCCGGCCGCAUCGACCCCUCGCUGCUCUCCGUCGGUGGCAACGCCGGAAAGGUCAACAGUUUCGCGGGCGUGGACGCCGGGAACCUCAGCGGCGGCGUCUUCAACACGGCACAGCUGCUCGAGGACCCGCAGGCGCUCAGCUGCUUCCUCUACCAGGCCACGGUCACCGAGCUCAUCCCGACGCAGGUGCAGACGCUGUACAAGAUCACGGGCGCCGCGCUCGACUUUGUCGGCAAGACGCUCGCGCCCGCCUGGGGCAAGCUCAAGGGCGGCGACGGCGACGAGCCGUGCCAGUCGUUCAACACCAACGCCGCCGGCCGCGUGUCGGUGGCUGAUGCGUACAAGAAGUUCCCCGGCAGCAAGGGCGCCCUCGUCUAAGCUGUGACCAGCGAGGCUCUGCCCCCCUUCCCCCCUCCCCUACACUAGUCCCGACGCUCAGCUG